AACACCUGUACGAGUGAAACAUGCGCAAUCCGGGCAGCCGGUCGAGAAAUAAUGCACACGCCAGAGUAUAAUAUUUUUCCAUUUGUUGGACAGUCGUUCGUGUGAGUCACGACUGUUGGGGUGGAAAUAUUCACAUUCGCCUCACAUAUUUUCUUCGGUAUCUCGAUCAAGUUAAAAGGUUGAAAAUGGCGCGAUUUGAUGAGAAUUGUGUGGUUCUCAAAUCGGACUCCCUUGGAAGAUUUUUGGUGGCAAAGCGUGAUCUCGCCAGCGGACAGCAAGUUAUGGUCGAGGAGCCGAUCGUCGUUGGACCGUACUGGGACUCGGAGAUUUGUUGUUUGAAUUGUUUCAAAAGAUCUUGUACCAUAUGCAGAAAGUGUCGGAGAGCGCCACUUUGCUACGAUUGCUCGAGUCACAGUGAAGCCGAGUGUGAAUUUUAUCGCAAAUCAAAUUUGGACAUUAAUUUCCUUUUCAACCACUUUAAUGUGGUGACGCCGGUGCGGUGUCUGCUGCUGGCGGAAAGUGAUCCGGAGAAGUUCCGCGAAGUGAUGAACAUGGAGGCACACUUGGAGGAACGCAGGGGGACGGAAGUAUGGGACAACUACGGAAAACACACCGUUCAACCGUUGCUGGAAUGUGGAGCAUUCGAAAAGCUCGAAACGGAUGUGCAAAUUACCGAACAAGUGAUCCAGCACAUUUGCGGCGUUUUCGACGUCAAUAGCUUCGAAAUCAGAGGCUGUGCAGAUGAUCUGGAUGGACAAGCGAGCAAUACGGUUCGCGGUCUUUAUCCCAGAACUGCUCUGAUGACACACAGCUGCGUCCCCAAUACCCUAAUUUCGGUUGAUGGGAGCUCCAGUCUUAGACUCUACACAACCGUUCCGGUGAAAGAGGGAGAACUGCUGUAUUACAACUACACGAGAUGUUUGUUUGGAACCUUCGAACGGCGGGCCCAUCUGCGCAAAGGCAAAUACUUCAUCUGCACGUGCCCCCGAUGUGAAGAUCCCACCGAACUGGGGACACAUUUAAGCUCGGUCAGGUGUACCGCUUGUGGUGAAGGACUCUGCUCGUAUCAUUCUAAAGAGUCCAAAUGGAAAUGUGAGAAGUGUUCACAAGAAAUCAACCGGGAGUAUGUGAAGCAAGUACUGACGGCUGCUCGGAAUGAUGCAAUGACAUGUUCUCUCGACAUCCAAGAACUGGAACAGGUAAUCAGUAAACACUCGAAAAUCCUGAAUCCUCAUAAUUCGCUGAUCCUGGAACUAAAGCAAGCACUAGCAGGAGAACUUAGAAAUCUCUGCGUGUCCUCGCAUCCAUCAAACAUCCCGCAGAAAAUUCUCGCACGCAAGGCUGAACUGUGUGGCGAGAUACUGGAGGUGCUGCGAGUGUUGGAACCAGGAAUUUCUCGCCUCACGGGAAUCGCUCUGUACGAGUUCAAUGUUUCCCAGUGGGAUUUAGCCCGGAAGAAGUUCGAAUCCAAAGCGAUCAAAUCGAAAGAUCUGCUGGAAACUUUGACCAGUGCCGAGAAUGGUUUGAAGGAGUCUGUCCGUAUGCUCUUAUUGGACCAUCCAUCCACUCCCGAGGGUCGGCUCUCGAAACGGGCGAUGCACGAGUUGAAGGAACUACGGGGGGAAAUAGCGCAAAUUCGGAUGAUUAUAGGCGACGAGAAAGAAUCCAAAUCGAAACAGUUUGUUAAAAAAUCUGGCAAAAAACAAUAGAUAACAAUGUCAUUUGAACAGCUCUUCCUGAUAAUAUCGAUAUUGAAGUUCGAAAAUAAUUUCCUGAAUCUGGGUGAGAAGUUCGUAACGAUUGUGACAUUCGGCCGGUUUACAAUAUACGCAGUGUGUCAGCAGUUCUCGGAGAUUUUUCUGUUCCGGAUGGUCACCCGUGGAGUGUAGGAAUCCAUGCUCCCUGUUGCCGUUAACAUUCUCGUGUAGCAACUAAAAAUGAGCGAUUACUUAAGGAUUUGUGUUGUUUGCAAAGCUAUUGAACCUUACCUGACAAACUGCAAACAUGUUCAAAUCACUAUGUUUGUGGGAACACAGAUCUUGUUGCACAUAGGCGAAACAACCUUCACAGUCGAUACGUUCGUGAACAUGUCUACCUUUGUCUGCUGCCAAUUUGUUACUUUCACUGUUCAAUAUAACCACAUUAUCGACAUCAACGAAGGUCACUUUCACAUCUCCGCCCGGAAGCAUUUUAACGGCUAUAUUGUCCGGUUGAAUAUCUGUGAGAUAGAAUCUGAAAUGAGUUGAAUCAAUUGUACAUACAAUGCUAUAAAAAUAUAUAUGCCUACCGAAAAUGACUAUCUCCUUCUGUGAGUCGGUAGAUGGCGUUGAUAAUCUGAUUGGCGAUUUCCAGUCUCAGGCGAAAUGGACUGUCAUAAAAAUAGGCUAAGGAGUCCCCUUCGUAACUUUCUACUAUUGUAAAACCACCUUGAAAUAUAAGCUUAGGUACGGGAAAUUUCAUCCUCGCGAGAAUCUAGAAUAUAUUUAUUGAAUGAAUUUCUCUUUUAUUGUUUAUAACUCUGAUUUACCUCGAGCAUUAUCGGUUGCACGCUGGUCUUCAUCAAUACCAAUUUCAACAAUUCAGGACCAGUGAACUGCUGCACAAACCGCACGAGCGUCCGUUCAUCUUCCGGUGGGCAAAUAACGCUUCCCCCAAAGGCUUCCUUGUCCAGAAUUCUUUUGCGCAGAGCUAAAACGAAUUCCUCACCAUCUCCAAGCUGACAGUCGCUACGUUCUAUUUUGUGUUCCUCGCAGAGCGCGGCCCGUAGCUCUUCCACCAGGCCCAUUUGGUUGAGAUUCUUGACGACUACCUGCCGGAUUCCGUCCAGCAGAGCGUAUGUGACACCAUGUUUGUUGUAACGAUUCAAGAGAUUCAAUGGAUUGGUUCCAUCGAUGACGAUAUGAUUUGCAAAAAAAUCACAAUCCAACGGCUCUGGAAAGCACCGUGGACACAAUUCACGGGUAUCAUAGUCACAUUGAUGGGUGAAUCGCACACCGUCUGUAUCUGUUUCCAUUGGAAAGUAUCUGAACACGAUGCACAAGCAUAGUCCCAUGCGAAGUAGAUCGAAAUACAGCCUUUUGGAAGACAUCACGUACUUUAGGUUUACAUCUGGGCGCGCUGGAAAGAACAAUGAAGGAAGAUACCUCAGAUGAUGGUUCCACUUUAUAUCCCUACGGAGUUUGGGACUGGACGUUUUAUCUUUUGGAUAAUUGAAAAAUUUCCAGAACUAUCUCUUUUGCAGACAUAAAGGGUUUGUCGCAGGUACAAUCACAAAAUAUCAUAGACUGGACCGUUUAAUCUGAUGUAUCUGUUCCCAACAAACUCCCGGACAGACUGAAAAUAUUGAUAAAAGCGUGCAAAUGGAAACCCUCUCGUGUACACCAAGUAGAUAAUUGGAAUGUUCAUAAUGUAAACUCUAAUGCUGUAGGUUCUAGGGAAUUGGUUUGUAAAUCAAUUUACGAUAAUAUUCAAAGGCAAGGAAAUUCCUCUCAAAGUGGUUCAAUGUGUUGCUAGACCACUAAUACAAGGUCUGUUCAAAAAGUAUCGCGACUUUCGAAUUUACGCGGGUUACGUAUAUUUGAUUCCAGAUUUUGUAGCAUUUUGUUGGUACUCAUGUCUCUCACUAAUGCUGAUAAUUACGGCUAUUUUGAAUGUUCAGUUAAUUUUCGAAAACUGCUUUUCUUACACGCGUUUUGGUUCAUCUACGAUUUUUGCCGAACCAUGUGAUAUUUUUAUGAUUUCGAGAGAAACGAACUUGAAGUUCAGUGUUUGCUAUCUUCGAAGCUUUCAAUUUUACCGUAAAAACUGUAAAAACAUCAAAUAUCAUGUCCUAACCAAACAGUUUUUUGGCUUCCUAUGCGUACAUGGUUCACUCUGACUGAAUCAAUGAAGCACUUUUUCAGACUUGGAUCACUAUGACUGAACAAUUUCGAAAUAUUUUGACGUAGGACUACGCGUUCCAUUUCUGUACCGGGGUGUGAGUUCAAAGUUUCGAAAACGAGAGAGUGACGCUGGAGUGCAAGGUUUUGAACGUUAAUACCUCUUUACCGGCUGUGUAAGAAUCACUUCAUUCGAAAGAUAAAACGUCAAAGAGUCAUAUGAUUGUCAUUUAUUGGUCCAAAAAAUCUUUUAAAUAGCUUAAAAAUUGCUUUGAAAACAGGCUAUUAAGAUCAUAACAAUCUAGCUCAUUGAGGAUGAUUGCUUUUGUGGUGAUCGGAAUGUGUUCUCGAACACGGACGCAAAAUUAAGGCACCUAGAGAAACCGUUAUCGCGAUGCAAUCGUAUCCAAGAGCAUCAGUUUCUGUUUUGCUUUCGCAUGGGAUGGUUAUGAAGGAAUGUUUGCUUGUAAUUGCAGUCGAACGAAGGAAGAUUUGCGCAUUCGGUUUGUAAUAGGUGUACAUUUGUGUAUGUAGUUUUUGGCAUUAUUUCGUUAAGUAUUAUGUAUUUGUUUCAAUGUUGUACACACCGCCAAGAAUACACUGGACGCACUGCUGACCCCACGAUCCGGAUUCAAGGUUCCCGACGAGGACUGUUUCCAUCGAAAAGGAGUGCUAAGCUUCGAGAGCACUCCGGGCAUAGCCAACAGAACUAGUUUGUAUUCAAACCGUAAGUACCAAACCCCUUUAAAACAUGCGCAUGUGGGUGGGUAUUUUCUGAACGAUGGGAAGAGUGAUCUCCAAAUUAAAAAAAAGUCACAGGAGGGUUGUGUCCGAGACACGAUCGCAUAGUUGACGUAGGAUCCCGUUAUGUUAUCUGUUGCAUGCUGAUUUUGGAUAUGUUUGAAGAAUUACAUUGUUAAACUCUUCGAUAGUGAUUUGGUGGCCCUGAAAAGGGCCGUUUUAUCUGGUUGUUAGGUAUUCAUGGUUCACUCCACCAAUGUCCAUAACCAAGUGAUAAUGAUAGAAAGAUGGUGAUUAGUCAUUUGAUGGUGCGUAUCACGAUAGAAGAUGCCAAAGUGGAAUGAGAUAUGAUGAAAGUCGCCCUCUGUGGGCCUGGACGUGCUGGCUCCUGUGUUAUGUCCAGACACCUAGGAUUUGAAAUCUCUGUUAGGGAAUACAUGUCGGUGGAAACAAAAGCUCCCCCUACUUCCAUGUAAUUGCAAUGCCUAUUUCCGCCGGGCGGCUUGGUUUAGAUGUUUCUGUUAGGGAAUACACUUCGGUGGGAACAAAAGUUCCCUCUACUUUGAUGUGCCGAUUUUUCCGUAACUUCAAUUUCGACCAAUCAGAACGAGGUAUUUCCGUUUGGAGAUUUUUUUAUUGUUUGCUAGUUAGUUUCAUAUGAAAUAUUAUUUUAUCAAUUGUGAUGAAUUGUUAUGUAGUGCUCAGAUCGAUUGAUGCAAAUAUAUCGUAAAUCCAUCAGGAAAUAACUGACCAAUAAUUGUAAGUACAUGAGCCGCCGCAUGUGCCGUCAAUUUCGACCAAUCAGAAGGGAUUUUCCGUUAGGAUAGGAGUUGAGAUUUUCCAAUUAUUCGAUAGUUAGUUUCAUGACAUAUAGUAAUUGAUUCAAUGUAAAAAAAUUGUUAUGCAGUGCCGAAAUUGAUUGACGCAAAAAUCUCAUCAAUCCAUUAUGAAAUGACUGAGCAAUUAGCGUUUGAAAUUGGACAAUUUUCACGAUAUGCUCGAUUUUCGAUUUUCAAUUUGUACCCCAAUAUGUUCCCGAAAGACGUAAUCCUACGUCAAAAACGACGAUAAUGAAGCAAUGGAGACGCAGGUGGCACACAGUAGGAUGUAAUAUAGGAUAGGGAAAUAUUUGUUAAUAGAAGAAUAAAUGUUUGUGUGAUAUA